AAUUUUGAAUUUAAGCUCAUUUGAAUCGUAGUGCCAUCAUGAACACAGGGAGAAAACGGAGUGUGCUUCCCCGACGCCCUCAACACCUCCUGCUCUUUGCAUGAUCUUUUGGGGUCUCCCCAACGUAGCCCAGGUUGCACUGCUGACAGAAACUUCAGUCCGUCAGAUCUGGUCUCCUGCCCUCUGGGGUAACAGAGAGCCAACCUCUGCCCUCUUGCUCUCCUUGCGCAAUCCAGUCGGGCAUGCUGAUCGUGACCCAGGACACAUCCUGCCCGCUGGGUUGACAUUUCCUUUUGGUGGUGGUAGUCAAUUGUUUUUCAGUGAGGAAACGCUGCCCCAAGACCAUGUCUAUGCCAACGCCAACCGCAGACGUUUGGAACUACAUCCCUGAAGAAAUUCUGGCCCACAUAUUUUACUACUUGUCUCUGAGAGACAGGCACGUCGCCUACCAAGUUUGCCAGCACUGGGCUGCGGCAGUUUCUUCUAGCAUCGUCUGGGGAUAUACAGAGAUCAGUUGCGAUGCUGAGGAAGGUUCGUUGCAGGCUUUGCACCAGUUCCUGGGCCACAUCAAGCACCUGAAGAUUGUGUUUGAUCAGUCCGAGGAGGCCAUCCGGCAGAAGGUCACCCAGAUCUUGGACCUGCUGGCCAAGCAGAACCACAAGUUGCAGGGGCUUUGCGUUGAAUGCCGAGGGAAAAACCCAUUCUUCUAUUCUGGCCAAGACAUCCUGAGGAGCGUCCAGAAAAUCUGCCAGAGCGAGAACGACAUUGACCUCCAGUGCGUCGAUUUCAGGAAGAUGCCGUUCACGCUGGACGACGGGAUUGUCCGUCUGAUCGCCUUCAGCUCCCCCAAUUUGCACACCUUGUUCAUCAACAACGGCACCCUGGUUUGCAACGUCCGACCUGAGACGGUCGUGGAGGUGCUGAGAGCUUGCCCGAAACUCUCUACCUUGGGGGUUUAUUAUGCCAGUCUGUCUAAGGACGUCUUUCAGGAGGUGGUGAAGCCAAACAGAGGAAGCUUCAAGUGCCUGCACAUUUUCUGCGAGCGCCUGGACAAGUACAUCCCUGUGAUCCCCAAAGAGCUUUGGGCUGCAGUGAGCGAGAAAUAUCCGCAGCUCCACGUUGAACUAGAGUUUGACCACACCAUCCCUGCAUGGAAGAUCCCUCGGAUCCUACAGCCAAAUAUCCCUAUCACCACUUUGCAACUGAAUACCUUUACGUACAUGGUGAACCAGAUUAGAUUUGUCACCAGCAACUAUAGCAAGACUUUGGAGGUGCUGGUCCUACGCACCACCUCAUCAGAUGACCUCGACGCCUCACUAAUAGAUUUGGCCCGAAAGUGUGUGCGUUUGAAAGAGAUUCAUUGCUACUGUGUGGUUAGCUCAGCCGUGGUAGAGGCCUUCCUGUUAAACGCCGCAGGUCUGAAACGUUAUACUCUAAAGACCACCAAAGAACGCCACCCCUGGCAAGCAACAAGCAUCCAGUGAUCUGCAAUUUAACCCUCUGAAACUGCCGUUUACUCCAGCAGUAACUCUGAUGGAAAUUCCGUUCUUACUUUCUGUGCUACCAACUCAGUUUACUCCCUACUGAGCCGGCAGUGUGGACAACCCACUUCGCUUUGUGUUUCUGUUCCUGUUUCUGUGCCUUAUGCCUGUGGUUUCUAAUAAAAUGCCUGCAGACGCUUCUUGGGGCCCACCAGA